CCUGUUCUUUUAUUACUACAGUAAACGCCAUGGCAGACGUGACGCCAGUUCUCGGCACCCUUUCACAGCCGGUUCGGUGCUGACCAGGUGAAACACGGUUGCCCCGUAAUCACUCUCACUCCAGACAGCAUCUCACCAAUCAAUGACAAGGGGCUCACACCUGCUGUCACCUCACCAUGUCCAAUUCCCUUACAAAGCCAGGACCAUUGCAGAGCCCACAGUCAGCCAUUCCUGACUUCUAUUAUGCGCUCUUCGCGUAUUAUGAGCCCGCAUUAACCAUUCUGGGCUUCAUAGGUGCAGUCUACGACCCCGAAACGACCCACAACACUCAAGCGCCUUGGCCAGCUGACAGUCCCCCGCCUACUCCCCUGCCAAGGGCUUCAGUCGUCACGGUCGUUCAGCUUGCUCACGUCUGUGCCCUUAUGGGAUUAAUAAAUUUUUUCGUGUUAACUGCUGCGCGAAGGCACCUAGCUUCCCAAGUUGACAUGCAGGAGAAGAUUGUUCGUGCGCUGUUGAUCCCACUUCUUAUCGGCGACGUCUUGCAUCUCUACGUGACGCUGUGGGCUUUGGGUGAUGAAAGAUGGGACGUCGCGCGCUGGAGUCCGAUGCUCUGGACCACCGUCAUUAUAGGACUGACUUUGAUGAUACCCCGGGUUAUGUGGCAUCUUGGUGUAUGGAGAUACAUGGACUCGAGGGACAGUGUACAUGUACAAGCGCGGAGUCAAGCUGACGGGAAGGAGAAGGGCACUGACAUAUAGAUAUCGUAGCAGGAAAAUAUAACGACGAAUUCAGGAUACCAUCUUCUGAGAGCACAUACAAAUAUACAUUGGGUAUUGGAUCACUGCAUACCACGCCUCCCGUUGACACGCCGCCCCAUUUCAUGAAAAGUGAUUAGUAGGGGCUAUUUACAAUGCUGGACCUGUCGUGUAGACCAAUCAUUGGUCCGGCGAGAGACGCCCUCGUAGGUCGCUUCAAGUUCUUCUUGUUGAUCGCUAAUACAUUGUUCUCUAGCGCGACAAUCUAA